AUGGCGUCUGUGUCACUGCCUCGCAAGCUAUGGGAGCAUCCAGACCCCGAGUCGACCGCCAUGGGGCGGUUCAAGCGUGCGUUGCAGCAGGAGAUGGGCUGCAAGGUCGAUUCCUACCAUGAUAUGUAUCUUUAUUCCACUCAGAAUCGCUCGGCUUUCUGGGAUUUCUGCUGGAAGUAUUUUCAGAUCAUCCACGAGGGCUCGUAUACUCAGGUGGUAGACGAGUCGACACGGAUGGACGGCGUUCCAGAGUGGUUUUCGGGUAUCAAGUUGAAUUUUGCCGAAAAUCUUCUGUUCUCUCGCAGUGUCGGCGAUACCACCGGCAAAGAAGACGAAAAGAUCGCCGUCACUGAAGUCAGAGAAGGAGACGUGAAGAACGUAGUCCAUCUCACCUGGGGCCAGCUGAGGCAGAAGACCGGCGCCCUGUUGCAGGCUAUGAAGACCGGUGGUGUUGUUCGAGGCGAUCGUAUUGCCGUCUGCUCUGCUAACAGCAUCGAUACAUUACUGGUGCUUUUGGCGUCGACGGCACUGGGCGCUAUUUUCUCGUCCAGCUCCACUGAUAUGGGUGUCAAGGGAGUCUUGGACCGCCUCUUGCAGAUCAAGCCCCGCUGGCUCUUCAUGGAUGACUUUACAGUCUACAAUGGCAAGACGGUUGACCUUCGCGAUAAAAUGAACGACAUCGCGCAGGGGAUGAGCUCAAUCUCCGCGUUCCAAGGUAUCAUUUCGCAACCUCGAUUCGCCUCGCCGGCAGAUGUCAGCAACAUCCCCAAGUCUUUGACCUUGUCGGAGUUUCUUUCCAAAGCCAGAGAAAAUGAUCGUCUGGAGUUUGUGCGGGUUGGAUUCCGUGAUCCUUUCCUGAUUGUUUAUUCAUCAGGCACAACCGGACAACCUAAGUGCAUUGUGCACUCUGUCGGAGGUGUUCUUCUCAAUGCCCACAAAGAAGGAGGUCUGCAUACGGAGAACGGACGGGAUACAGUGGCUUUGCAGUAUACAACCACGGGAUGGAUCAUGUAUCUAGCUGCAAUGCAAACUCUGCUCUUCGGGUCACGAGUAGUGCUCUACGACGGCAGCCCAUUUGUACCUGAUGUUACUGCAUUGCUUACUCUUGCCGCCCAGGAGAAGGUAACACACUUGGGGAUUUCCCCGCGAUGGAUGCAUGAGCUACAAAGAGCCAAGAUCCGCCCUCGGGAGAUGUUUGACCUGAGUUCUCUUCGGGUGGUCACCAGCACCGGCAUGGUUUUACGGGAUGCAUUGUUCGAAUGGUUCUACGACGAGGGCUUCCCGUCCCAUACUCGCUUGAACAACAUCUCGGGCGGCACGGACAUCGCGGGCUGCUUCGGUAUAGGCAACCCGUUGGUACCUGUUUACGUGGGUGGAUGUGCGGGAUGUAGCCUGGGGAUUUCAGUAGAGGUCUACGAUUCCACCAUCGAAGGAGGAGCGGGCGUCCAAGGUGUCUCCAUAGAAGAGGGCGUGCCGGGCGAACUGGUGGCCCCCUCAGCCUUCCCCAACAUGCCCACAAUGUUCUGGGGUGAUGAGGGCGGUCAGAAGUACCACGACGCGUACUUUGGUCGAUUUGAUAACGUCUGGACCCACGGAGACUUUGUCUCCAUCCAUCCUAUCACCAAGCAGCUCAUGUUCCACGGGCGUGCUGACGGGGUGCUCAACCCCUCAGGCGUCCGGUUUGGAUCUGCAGAGAUUUACCGAGUGAUCGAGGGCUUAUUCUCGCCGGAGAUCGCCGAUUCGAUCUGUGUCGGUCAGAGACGGCCGACCGAUACCGACGAGCGGGUCAUGCUCUUCCUACUAAUGAAGCCUGGGGCGAGCUACACCCUUGAUUUAGUCAAUCGGGUCAAGAAAGCCAUCCGUUCGGAAUUAAGUGCUCGCCAUGUGCCGAUGUUCAUAUUCGAGACUCCCGAAAUCCCGGUAAGUGAGCCCAUCGGAUGGGGAGACGGCACUGACGAUGAUCAGACCACGGUCAACCUCAAGAAAGUGGAGCUGCCUGUGAAGCAGAUUGUGUCCGGCAAGCGAAUUCGACCCUCGGGGACCCUGCUCAACCCAGGGAGCUUGGAAUACUACUACCGAUUCGCCGAGGUGGAGAAGCUACGCGAGAGCAAGCUUUGA